AAGGAAUUACAUGUAAUGCUUUAGAAGAAGCAUUUAUGAGGUGCAAAGAGAGAGAUGACGUCUACAAGCUAGCUCUUGUUUACUUUGCUGAGUUAGUGGUUUUGGGAAGGGACAAGCAUUUGAACAUCAAUGUAAAUUACCUGACCCUUGUAGAGGACUUGGAUGCGUUCAACAGGUAUCCGUGGGGUUCGGUGUCGUUUGACAAAACCCAAGACAGUCUAUUUUCUGCACCAACAAAGUAUAUGAAAAGCUUUGAAAAUGAAGAGGGAAGAGAGAAGGGGAAAAGUAAGGUAACGGGAACAAGCCGGAAAAAUGAGAAGGGCAAGAAGCAUAAGCAUGGUGAAGUGCAAAGGGGUGGGUGGAGUUUUAAAGGUUUCACGUAUGCUUUCCAGAUUUGGGUAUAUGAAUUAAUUCCUAGAAUGGUGGACCUGAAUUACUGCAAGGUUGUUGAUCCAACAGCUGUCCCGCGUAUUUUGCGAUGGAGAACGACUACGUCUAUGCCCGAGAUGAGGAAGUUGAACAAUUAUUUUUUCCAGAGCAAAGAGUCAGUUCAGUUGCGGGCGCUACGUCCGAGUGAAGAGGAAAUGAGACAAUCAUAUUGGAGUUGGCCACAGGAUCGCCCUGCUGUUGUCUCGGCAGAGUCAAUUCCUUCUUCAUGUGCUGAUCUUGAUGAGUUGAACAAGCUGGUAAGCUUGUUGAGGUCCAAGUUGUUUCAAGUAAAGCGGGAAAAUGACGUCCUUGAGUUAAAGGUCAUACGGAUGGAAAAACUUUUGGACCACUGUUUAGGUCCUCAGUUUGAGCAGGAAGUAAGGAGGGACCUAGCUUUACUGAAAGAGAGGACGAAUCGUUGUGCGAUCUCACAUCUAUAUAAGGGAUCUGACGAAGUGGAUGACAGUGAAUGGGAUGAAGGGCCAAGUAACAGAUAUGAGGGAGAGGAAAAGGACGAGGAGGGGAUUGAAGGGGGUGAAGUGCAAAGAAAACCAAGUGAGGUAGAGGAAGCGCAAAGGAAAACAAGUGAGGGAGAGCAAGUGAAAAUAAAAAGCAGCAAGGGAGAGGAAGCGCAAAGAAAGAGCAGUGAGGGAGAGGAAGUGAAAAGAAAAAACAGUGAGGGAGAGGAACUGAAACGAAAAAGCAGUGACAAAGGGGAACUGCCAAGAAAAAGCAGUGAUGGAGAGGAUCCGCAAACAAAAUGAAGGGAGGGCAAGGAAGUGAAAAGAAAGAGAAGUGAGGAAAAGGAAGUGCAAAUAAAGGAAUGUGAGGAAGAGGGUGAUGAAGUUGUUUUGGUUUGUGAUGACAUUGGCGAGAGCACGUCGGGGACAACUGUUGAGUUUACUCUCGGGGAUAUUGAUUUGGAUCAACCUACAGCUAUGCUAUCUGAGUUGAACGUUUGGUUGAAUGAUAAAGGUAAAGCUGUGGAACAAGGGGUCCAAUUACGAAAGAGGAAGAUGAUUAUUCCUAUGUGGAAGAUCCUUGAAGCUAGUGAAUUGGUGAAAAAAACUGUGCUAGAGACAACCCGACUUCGGAUGUUAGACCCAAUGAAGGCGCUUCCGCAUGAUGAUAUGGUGCUGAAACUUUGUUGGGAAUGGCGCCAUAACCCAAAUUUAGUGAUGCAAUUUGGCCACAUGAAAGCUGAGAUUGAAUUCUUCGCUUCCCUCGUAAAAGCUGACGGUUGGCUGACAGGAGAUCACAUUGAUUUGGGGUUGUAUCUCAUCCGGAAGCGACAACAAGAUUUGGAGGUUGUACAAAUAUCGAACUGGACAACGACCGAUGUAUUUUUCAUGAAUCACAUCCAUACUUGCUUUGCGGAUAAUAAAAGAAAAAAAGAGCAGGCUGGGUGGAAAAUUAGAAAC